AUGGAUGCGGCUAACCUUUUCAAGCCGAUGCUCGCGAGGGGUCAGCUGAGGUGUAUUGGGGCUACAACUUUGGAGGAGUAUAGGAAGUAUGUGGAGAAAGAUGCGGCUUUCGAGAGGCGUUUUCAGCAGGUUUAUGUGGCUGAGCCGAGUGUGCCUGAUACGAUUAGUAUAUUGAGGGGUUUGAAGGAGAAAUAUGAAGGUCACCACGGUGUGAAGAUUCAAGAUCGUGCGCUCGUGGUUGCAGCUCAGCUUUCUUCUCGGUACAUUACAGGGAGACAUCUUCCGGACAAGGCGAUUGACUUAGUUGACGAGGCGUGUGCGAAUGUGAGAGUCCAGCUGGACAGUCAACCCGAGGAGAUCGAUAAUCUUGAGAGGAAGAGGAUUCAGUUGGAGGUUGAGCUGCAUGCUCUCGACAAGGAGAAAGAUAAGGCCAGUAAAGCUCGCCUAGUUGAAGUUCGGAAAGAACUAGACGAUCUGAGAGAUAAACUGCAGCCACUGAUGAUGAGAUACAGGAAAGAAAAGGAAAGGAUAGACGAGCUCAGGAGGCUGAAACAGAAGCGAGACGAGCUUUUGUACGCCAUACAAGAAGCUGAAAGGAGGUGCGAUCUUGCUCGAGUUGCCGAUUUGAGAUAUGGAGCUAUUCAAGAAGUCGAGGCUGCAAUUGCCAAGCUUGAAGCUGGUGGAAAUGAAAACGGGAUGCUUACGGAGACUGUUGGGCCCGAUCAGAUUGCUGAAGUUGUGAGCCUUUGGACGGGUAUACCCGUGACCCGUCUCGGCCAGAAUGAAAAGGAGAGAUUGAUCGGCAUGGCGGAAAGGCUGCAUCAGAGGGUCGUGGGCCAGGAUCAGGCAGUGACUGCAGUGGCCGAGGCUGUUUUGAGAUCACGGGCCGGGCUUGGAAGGCCGGAGCAGCCAACGGGCUCGUUUCUGUUCUUGGGUCCGACUGGAGUUGGGAAGACUGAGCUUGCAAAGGCUCUGGCUGAGCAGCUCUUUGAUAACGAUAAUCUUAUGGUGAGGAUUGAUAUGGGGGAGUACAUGGAGCAACACUCGGUGGCUCGAUUGAUUGGAGCUCCACCUGGUUAUGUUGGGCACGAAGAAGGUGGGCAAUUGACAGAGGCCGUGAGGAGGCGGCCUUACAGUGUUGUUCUAUUCGAUGAGGUUGAGAAAGCACACCAAUCGGUUUUCAAUACAUUGCUGCAAGUUUUAGACGAUGGGAGGUUGACCGAUGGUCAAGGUCGAACAGUUAACUUCACGAAUACCGUUAUUAUCAUGACCUCAAAUCUGGGGGCCGAGUAUCUCUUGAGGGGAUUGAUAGGAAAGUGUACUAUGGAGAGCGCUCGUGAGAUGGUGAUGCAAGAGGUGAGGAAGCAUUUCAAACCCGAGCUGCUCAACCGUUUGGACGAGAUUGUGGUGUUUGAUCCUUUAUCUCACGACCAGCUUCGAAAAGUGUGCCGUCUCCAGUUGAAAGCUGUCGCUGUUCGAUUGGCUGAGAGGGGUAUUGCUUUGGGAGUGACUGAAAGUGCACUCGAUUUGAUAUUGGCCGAAAGCUAUGACCCGGUUUAUGGCGCAAGACCGAUAAGGAGAUGGCUGGAGAAGAGAGUGGUGACCGAGCUGUCUAAAAUGCUCAUUCGAGAAGAAAUUGACGAGAACUCAACCGUGUACAUAGAUGCUUCUUUGGAUGGAAAAGAACUGAAUUAUCGUGUGGAGAAGAAUGGAGGGCUCGUAAAUGCUGCAACCGGCGAGCGAUCUGAUAUUCUGAUUCAGCUGCCAAACGGGCCGGGACGAUCGGAUGCUGCUCAGGCUGUGAAGAGAAUGAAGAUUGAAGUGAUGGAAGAUGAUGAGAUGUAUGAGUAA